CAGGGGUCACCCACGUGUGGUUUUCCCGCGCGUUCAGUGACGUGAAUCGAUGCGGAGUGAAUUUUAGUUUUCGUUUAAAUCCAUUUAACUUUCUUACCCCCCACCCCACUAACCUCGUAACUAUUCCCACGACUGAAACGGACAUCGCUGUCGCCAUUCGCGUACACAUCACCACCGGGGAGACAAAGGCGGCCGGGCGUGACGUCGGUCAACCACCCCCUCGUGUACCGUGCUGACCUUCGCAGGAUCCCAGCAUGGCAGAGAGACCUGAGGACCUGAACUUGCCAAAUGCGGUCAUCACACGGAUCAUCAAGGACGCGCUGCCCGAGGGCGUGAACGUGUCCAAGGAGGCGCGCAGCGCCAUCUCCCGCGCCGCCAGCGUCUUCGUGCUCUACGCCACGUCCUGUGCCAACAACUUUGCUGUGAAGAGUAAGCGGAAAACGCUGAGCGGCAACGAUGUUCUCUCCGCCGUGGAGGAGAUGGAGUUUCAACAGCUCCUCGGGCCGCUCCGUGAGAGCCUGGACGCGUACAGACGCGACCUCAAGGGGCGCAAGGAGGCCUCGGAGCAGCGCAGGAAGGACAAGGAGACGCCGCGGAGAGAAGCCGGCGACGAGGGGGACACGGGACCCGCCGAUGACUCUGUCGGGGACGAGGGAGCUGCUGAUGAGGGAGCAGCUGAUGAGGCCGCAGUGGAUGAGGGAGACUGAGCAGACCCCCCCCCCCCCCCCGAAUGUUGGAGGGGGGUGGGUGGGGUGAGAGGGAAUCGUGUUCACCCACUCGUGGAUUUAACUUAAAAUGGAAGUCGUUUUGUUUUCGGUAAUAAAUGUGCU